AAGGAAGCAUAAAACCAAAGCAAAAUGGCAAUUGCUGCAGUUUGAUGUCAAAUCAGUCGAGUGUGAAAUGCGAACCAGUGAGGUUGUUUUGUAAUUGAGAUACUUUUGAAUGCACUUGAAACAAUUAGUCAAAGUUCAGGAUGAAUAAAUUUCACAUUAAGCUUCUUGUUUUGUUACUUCUAUCAACGUCACAAGUUUUCGCUGGAAAUUCUUUACGAAGGUUCAAGAGAACGAAACGUAGCUUCUUUUCAUCGCUGUUCGGGAGUGACCCAACAACAGAAUUGCCGCCAAAAUUGCUGGAACCAAUUGAAAACAACGUUGAUCAUCCGGUUUAUUUGGUUCCCAACCAAAAUGACGACAAUGUACCGCCGUCGUUUGUUCCAGUUAUUCCUAUAAGAUACCACUCAACUCCUGGAGGACAACAUUUUAUCGAAGUUCGUCCACUUAAUGCAGGUGAUAAUGGUAUUCGCAAUGUGCCGACUAAUCAUUGGUCACCGGUUGUUAAAAAAUCUAAACCUAAAAAGCCGCAUAAGAAAGUUUCCUCUUACUAUACGUUAGAUUUAUCACCUACUGAAAUAGCUGAGCUAAAUCAAUUAGCAAAACAGCUCGGCGUGAAGGACAUGCAUGACUUACCGCCGCUGGAUGAAGUUAUGAUAUUACUCGGCACAACAUCGAAAAGUGAAACAAUUAAGGCCGUUCGCGAAUAUGCUUCCACUGCUAGUGGAUUAGAGCUGAUAAAGGAAUAUGUCCUUAGCUACCAACCAGUCAAACGCAUGGAUAAUUUUGGAAAUCUUGACAAUGAAGUUGUCAAAGAAGAUGAAUUUGAUAAAAUUGAAGGAAAAUCCUUAGAUUUCCAUAAUCAGCCCGUCUACCCCUACCCUCUGAUUGGUUAUUCGCAAAUCAAUACACUUGUGGAAAUCGAUGGAUCGAAAACUACCACUCCCGCCCCAGAUGUCGGUUUCUUUUCUGGACUUCGUUCUUGGUUUUCCUUUGGGGCGAGCACCGAUAGUCCAAAGGAAGCAACGCCACAAAAUCCAAAGUUGGUUCCACAUUUCAUCAUUCCGAUAAGACCCAUUCAACCGCAAGAUCAGAGCAAUGUGGGUAACUUACCGCUCACACCUUAUAUUCAAGAUCAGGAUCCUUACAUGAUGAAGAGUCAAGAAGUGGAUAUCGAUGAUCUCGUGUCUAUGGUUGUGGAAAACAAAUCUAGUGAGGCGCCACGUAUGAUGGAUGACUUAUCAAAAGUUACAGGAGAGAGUUCCAAUGGUGAAUUGAAACUUGAUGAUCCUAAAAGAUCUGAUGUAAGCGAGGAGGUCAUCACAACCACCGAAAAAACUUUAGCACUUUCAUCCAACUCCAUUCAAUCAGAAAACAAAACAGAGAAGAGCGUUUCUGAAGAUCCAAUAAAUCAUUUAUAGCUAUCAUA